AUCGGACUCCACAACUUCUUCACUCCACUCAGGAUCCUAGAACCUCAUUCAACUCUCACUUAAGAUCUCCAGAAACGUUGUGACAGCUUCUCACUGCUUAUUAUCUAUCGUCAGCAUGACCUUCUCACCGAAAGCUUGCAGUCUCCUGCUUGUCGUCCUGGCAGCAGUCUGCAUACAGCUCUACGAUGCCCAGUUCGUUCCAGCCAGGUGUAAUUGUCAAGGAACCAUCAAGUUCACUGCAGAAAUCAUAUCGGAUUUCCAGGUCUUUGAGAAAUCCCCCAAUUGUGAUCACACAGAAAUCAUAAUAACACUGCAGGAAGACAAUGUCAAAAGGUGUUUGAACCUACAGGGAAAGCUGGCGAUAGCCUUUCUCCACUGCUGGAACAGAAUAAACAAGGACGAGAGCCAGAAGAUGACAUGUCUGAACAGGAGAAACAAAGUCAAGUGAGAAGAAAAGAAACAAUCAGAUCUGGACCCAGGGAGUGGGCCUCCAAGAAGUCAUGUGACUUACGGGAAGUGCAUAUCAGAGUCGGGUACCUCCCAAUUGGAGGAGGGGAAAUAAAAAGGGAGAGAGAGAGGGAGAAUUGAAUGAAGGAACAUUACAUGAUGUUAUCAUGUGUAUUAUAGCCACUGAAAGUCAAAAAGGUGUUUUCUUGAAACCUAUAUUGCUGUGGAAAAAUAUUGUUGUGCAAUACGCAAAAAGAUGUGCCAUAAGAAGAAACAGUCUUACAGAUGUUUAUUUAUGAUGGAAUUAAUUAUUGUUUUGU